AUGUUUUGGUGCACAUAUUUCCCGACGACGCUUGAUGGCAAUGGCGGCACAUGGUUCAAAACGCUACAACUGGGUAGCAUUUCAAACUUCGCUCAGCUCAAAUACCUCUUCCUCACCAACUUCAUGCAGCUACGUAAAUACAAAGGCGAAUCUCAUUCAAUUACAGGCUGCAAACAAAGGGAGGGGGAGACUGUUCGAGAAUACUUUACAAGGUUCAUAAACGCUACGCUGGAUGUACCGGGGCAUGACGAAGGGCUCAUCGCUGGUGCUUUCACAUGGGGACUCCUGCCUGGGCCCCUCUCGCAAAAACUCAUGGGAAAGAAGCCUCUAACACGAGCUGAGUUAAAAGAAAGAGUGGAGUGGUACCUAUGGCAGGAAGAGGGUGAGGUAGCCAAGCAGGCCUACUUGAAGGCUAUGGCAACUUGA